CGGCCGGAGGAGCGGCCCGGGCGGCGGCGGUGGUGGCGGCGCGGGGCGCGAGGCGGCGGCGGCCACGCUCCGGCCGGGUCCCCGCCGCUCCGGGCGGCGCCAUGGACGAGGCCGUGGGCGACCUGAAGCAGGCGCUGCCCUGCGUGGCCGAGGCGCCGACCGUCCACGUGGAGGUGCACCAGCGGAGCGGCAGCACUGCCAAAAAAGAAGAUAUAAAGCUGAGCGUAAGAAAGCUGCUCAACAGACAUAACAUCGUGUUUGGUGAUUACACGUGGACGGAGUUUGAUGAUCCUUUUCUGAGCAGAAACGUGCAGUCUGUGUCUAUCGUUGACACAGAGUUGAAGGUUAAAGACCCACAGCCCAUUGACUUAGGUGCCUGCACGAUUGCGCUUCACAUCUUCCAGCUGAAUGAGGGUGGCCCCAGCAGUGAGACCCUGGAGGAGGAGACUGAGAACAUCACAGCAGCGAGUCACUGGGUCCUGCCCGCAGCUGAAUUCCAUGGGCUUUGGGACAGCCUGGUAUAUGAUGUGGAAGUCAAAUCUCAUCUCCUCGAUUAUGUGAUGACAACCUUACUGUUUUCAGACAAGAAUGUCGACAGCAAUCUCAUCACCUGGAACCGGGUGGUGUUGCUUCACGGUCCUCCGGGAACUGGAAAAACAUCCCUGUGUAAAGCACUAGCCCAGAAGUUGACCAUCAGACUUUCAAGCAGGUACCGAUAUGGCCAAUUAAUUGAAAUAAACAGCCACAGCCUCUUUUCUAAGUGGUUUUCAGAAAGCGGCAAGCUGGUAACAAAGAUGUUCCAGAAGAUUCAAGACUUGAUUGAUGACAAAGAUGCGCUGGUGUUUGUACUGAUUGAUGAGGUGGAGAGCCUCACGGCCGCCCGCAAUGCUUGCCGGGCAGGCACCGAGCCUUCAGAUGCCAUCCGUGUGGUCAACGCCGUCUUAACCCAGAUCGAUCAGAUUAAGAGGCACUGCAACGUGGUGAUUCUGACCACUUCCAACAUCACAGAGAGGAUCGAUGUGGCCUUCGUGGACAGAGCUGACAUCCGGCAGUACAUUGGACCACCCUCUGCAGCAGCCAUCUUCAAAAUUUACCUCUCCUGUUUGGAAGAACUGAUGAAGUGUCAGAUCAUAUACCCUCGCCAGCAGCUGCUGACCCUCCGGGAGCUGGAGAUGAUUGGCUUCAUUGAGAACAACGUGUCAAAGUUGAGCCUCCUUUUGAGUGAAAUUUCAAGGAAGAGCGAGGGUCUCAGCGGCCGCGUCCUGAGGAAACUCCCUUUUCUGGCUCAUGCUCUGUACGUCCAGGCCCCCACCGUCACCAUCGAGGUCUUCCUUCAGGCCCUGUCUCUGGCCGUGGACAAGCAGUUUGAAGAGAGGAAGAAACUCUCAUCUUGCUUCUGAUCCGGACCCCCACCCAUAGUCGUGAACACAGUCGGCAGGUGAGGGCACUGCCCAGAAGUCUCUGUACACUCAGGCCAGGCCUGCGGCCAGCAGCCCAUGAAGCUGAAUCGCGUUCAGAGCAGUGUGUUGUACUUAACGUGUUUUUAACACAAAUCGUCAUUUCCAGGGUUUUAAAAGAUAAUUCAGUUAGGGCGCCUGGGUGGCUUAGUCGGUUAAGCGUCCGACUUUCGCUCAGGUCAU